AUGCAAUUCUAUUUAGAAGAAAUCAAUAAUCUCAAACAGUCGUUAUCGGUGCUGGUAGCUGGAGAAAGGAAGUGGAUGACGGAAGUGGGAGGUGAAAAGUUGGGGGAUGAGAAAGGAAAAAGCAUCAUAGAAAAAACAUGGGGUAUAGUGGGUAUUCUAGAUGAAUGUAACACCGACUCUCCAAAUUUGGCCUUCGGGAGGUUCGGAAUUCUCACAAACCACUUUGGUAUCAUCAGCUCAUCAAUAACAAUCUCAGUGGAUGAAAUGCCAUAUCAGAUCAAUAUCAUGGAAGAUAUUUUUGAAUCCCUUAAUCUUAGUUCGGUUCUUACAUCCAAUGAUUUCUAUCAAAGGAUGUUGUGGUGGAAAGAAGAUAGCAUUGGGGAAAACGAAAGCCUAAAUAGUGAAGUUCCUAUUCAGUUAGAAGAGGAAAAUCUUUCACCAGAAUCAUCUCCGAUGAAGGCUCACUAG